AUGUACAUCAUCCUCAGUUGCUGCAAAGAUCCCCAGUCCAUCGAGGAAAGGUUUUUCGUCCAGGUCCACCCUGCAAACAGCUCUGCAACUGUUGCUGGACUGGAAGGGGUGGUGCAGGGUGUGGGCUGCAGCAACGCAACAGACAUCACCACGAAUAUGAGCUGCACCUCCCCACCGUGUCCAGUCUUGUGCUCCAACCCAAGCCCCAUGGAGGGCAUCAGUCUUUCAAACCAGACCAACCGUUCUGUAAUUCUUCUCUGGCAAAACCAAGUUGACUGCUGCCCCAUCACCUCUGAUGGCAAAUCUAAGCUUAUCUCCGGUAUCAGCUGGAAGAAUUGCACAGUCUCCAUCUUUGGGCUGUCGGCCGGGCAGGACUAUGUCAUGACCAUGUACAGAAGUCUGGAUGGGACAUGCAGCCAGGGGAAGUCCAUCAACGUGACCACUGCGCCUUCACCAGUCCUGAACCUCGUGAUAGAAAAUCGCACUGUGGAUUCUCUGGAGAUUGGAUGGAAGUCACCUGGGGACCUUCACGCUGGCACCUACCGCUACAGUGUCUGCCUGUUGUCCUGCAGCAUUGUCUUCAGAAGCCCACACCUGGUGAAUGGGCUGAUGGCUGGCGUUACCUACCAAAUUCAGGUCUAUGUCAUCACCAUCAAGAACAUCUCCAGCCCUGUGAUGGCCAUGUCAGCUACCACAGUUCCAAGAAGCCCCAGGAAUGUAAUUGUGAAAAGUUACAGCGACCACAGUGCCUCCAUUUCCUGGGAUGCCCCUGAAGACCCCAGGGCGACACAGUACCUGUACUGGGUGAGCUGGUUCACUGAAAACGGCUCCGUGCCCCUGGGAAACGGAAGUACAAGUGGCUCCAACUGGACCAUCGACUCUCUCGAGUCAGGGAGUCUGUACCUGGUGAAGCUGGCCUCUGAAAUCCACAGAGUCAGGAGUGCGGACGUCAGUAACUGGACUCUAACAUCAAUCAACCAGACUGCAGUCGAGUUAGCCUGGAUGCCCCCGAGCUCGGCUGUCAGUGCCUUCAAGCUCCAGUGGAAGAAUUCAACAGAAUCCAAAGGAAUCAGGAUGUUUCUGAACCAGUCCUCCAGAGGGGUUCUUUUGAGUGGCCUCUCUCCAAGCACCAACUACACGUUUACAGUAUGGAGCGUGGCGAGGAGGAAGAACCUGAUCACCUGCAGCAGCGGCGUCGAGCAGGAAGUGGCCACAAAGCCAGAACGCAUCAGCAGCCUGCAGUGCCAGGUCUUACAAGGCGGCCGCAGCCUCAAGUUAUCCUGGACCUGCCCAUCCCAUGAGAUCACUGAGGUCCAAGUCCUGGUGUCUGACCAGCCGUGGGUCAAAUGGCCAGGCUGCAAUGCAACUGUGGUGAUUAGAAAGCUACAGCCUUUCCGACAUUACCGGAUUCGCGUGAAAACCUCUUGGUACGACCAGCAUGAGGUAUCUGAGCCUCUGGAAUGUUCUACCAACAGUGCAGAUAUCAUCGCUGGGCUGCUAUUCGCAGGGCUGCUUCCCUUGAUCAUCCUCGGCCUGCUGCUGUUCCUAUUCUGGAGACAGAGGGGGAAACCAAAGAAUGCCCUGGAGAAGCAGAAAUUAGAUAAGGGGCUGGAUGGAACCCCUGGCUCAGUGCCCGUGUCGGCUUUCUCCAGCCACUGCCACAAGCACUUCUUGAAUAGCGCCUUCGGUUUCGCCAUGGAGUAUCAGCAGCUGCAGGACAUAGGGACCCAGCAGUCCCAGCACGUGGCGCAACGGCCUGAAAAUCGAGCGAAGAAUCGCUACAGCAAUGUUCUGCCAUAUGACCACUCACGAGUCCAGCUCAGCCCCAGGCCUGGAGACCCCAACUCAGAUUACAUCAAUGCUAGUUAUAUCCCUGGCUAUGUAGGGGAAAAGGAGUUCAUUGCCGCCCAGGGCCCCCUGCCUGGAACGGUGUUCGACUUCUGGCGCAUGAUAUGGGAGCAGCAGGUCGUGACCGUGGUCAUGCUCACCAACUGCAUAGAGAAUGGACGGGUGAGAUGUGAACACUAUUGGCCCCUGGACUACACUCCCUGCACUUAUGGUGACAUUAUGGUAUCUGUUGUCAGGGAAACCAUCCUCCCCGACUGGACGAUCCGGGACUUCAGUAUCAAACAGAUGAGCAGAUCUGAGCUCCGCCUCGCCAGGCAUUACCACUACACGUCGUGGCCUGACCACGGGGUGCCCCCCGUCACAAGCACCGUCCUUCCCUUCCGAGACCUCGUGAGGAGAGACAUAGAACAGCACCGGGGCAGCGGGCCGGCGCUGGUGCACUGCAGCGCUGGGGUGGGCCGGACGGGGACGUUCAUCGCCCUCGACUGCCUGCUGCGGCAAGCCCAGGAGAUGGGGAUGAUUGGCGGCUUUUCCUUCGUCCAGAAGCUGAGGAUGAGCCGCCCACUCAUGAUUCAGAACGAGGCUCAGUACAUCUUCCUUCACCAGUGCCUCCUGGAUAGUAUCCAGCAUGAAACCCGGAAGGACAGUGAGAAGAUGGGAGACACCCCCGUGUACGAAAACCCCGUGGCCCUGGAAGGCUACGAGACGUCCCGUGUGUGA